UCUAGUCCAGGAGGAGCGCUUCACACUACGUUUAAUAUAAUUACAUUUAGGUUUGGAAACUUUCCAUGCAACUUUAUUUACUUACUACGGAGCUGCUCAGUUUAAUACUUGAAUUCUAGAAUUCGAAAACAUAAGGGGCUGAGGGUUUAGAUAUGGGUAUUUUCAUGUUCUGAAUUAUCCCGUCACUGUUUUGCGGUGUGAGAAACCGCUCCAAACGAGUCAGUCCGCGCGAGAGGCUACCGAACGAUUCCGAGUGAUUCGCGAACCGAUUCAGACUGCUUUGCCUUUCCGUAUUAGAAAUGCGAAGGAAAAAAAAAACGACUCAAAAGAGUGAAUCAUUUUCGAAUCGUGGAUCGCUAGUUCUGUUUUUAAACGUUAUUUUUAAAGAUUUCCACAGUUCAGUCCGUCUUUAUGAAAUAACUAUCUUACUAAAUAACAAUAUCCGAACAAAAACAUACGGCACUAGACUAAAAUCAUUUUGCCCUAGCGACAUCCCUGUAGCCCAGCGUCAGUCAAAAUCAAUAGGCUGCAUGUUUAUGAAUGGACCCACUAAAUGCGCCUCCAGUGCGCAGCAAGUUCAUUCAUGUUCCUCUCCAUAUCCAAUAAAUCGCUUAAAGUCAGUCUCCUUCUUCAAAGGGUGGUCGGACAACGCACAUCAAUUCAAGAGAAUCCUAACGCUGCAGAAUGGAUGGACUUUACGACCAACAAGUGCCUUUCAUAAAUUCUCGUGUAAGUCAGAUGAAGAAUCCUCGGGGGGAAACGUCCAACACGAGAGCAGCGAAAGACAGGAAACGAAAAUUCAUUAACUCGGUCCUGGCGUUGGACACCGAGGAGCUUUUUCAAGAUCUCAGUCAACUUCAGGAGACCUGGCUCGCAGAAGCUCAAGUACCUGACAAUGAUGAGCAGUUUGUUCCAGAUUUUCAGAGUGAAAACUGUAAGUUGGCGUUCCACGGGCUCCAGUUGAGGAUAAAACGAGAGCCCCACAGCCCGUGUACUGAUCUGGGCUCAGCCUGCAGUCAGGAGAGGCCCUUCAGACUCCACUAUGGAGAGAAGUGCCUGUAUAACAUCAGUGCCUAUGAGCAGAAGCAUCCCACGGGAAUGAAGGUCUCCAGCCCAGUGUCUACCCCCUGCAGCACGCCUGUGUCACCUGGCCAGCAUGUGUCUCCCACCGCCGCCCCCACCCCUAAACCAGACAGAACAUACCCUCACCUCGCACCACCCCAGCCCCUCCCUGACAGUGCUUACCCCAUUGACCACAGAUUUCGGCGGCAGUUGUCGGAGCCAUGUCAUUCGUUCCCCUCUCCUCCUUCAAUGUCGCGGGACGGACGGCCCAUGUAUCACAGACAGAUGUCAGAACCCAGCAUCCCCUUCCCUCCUCAGGGGUUCAAGCAGGAAUUCGCAGACCCCCUCUUUGAGCAUCCGGCCAUGGUGGGGGCCCCUCUCCCCCAGACGUACCCGCACUCCAUGAUGAUCAAACAGGAGCCCCGUGACUUCACAUAUGACUCGGAAGUGCCUAGCUGUCACUCUGUAUAUCUGAGACAAGAGGGAUAUCUGGCCCACACUAACAGAACAGAGGGCUGUAUGUUCGACAAAGUUGCAAGGCACUUCUAUGACGACACAUGUGUGGUCCCAGAGAAAGUGGAGGGCGACAUAAAGCAGGAGGCGGGGCUGUACCGUGAAGGCCCGACCUAUCAGAGACGAGGCUCGCUGCAGCUCUGGCAGUUUUUGGUCGCUCUCCUGGAUGACCCUUCAAACUCUCAUUUCAUUGCAUGGACUGGCCGGGGCAUGGAGUUUAAACUCAUUGAGCCUGAAGAGGUGGCACGACGUUGGGGAAUUCAAAAGAAUCGGCCGGCCAUGAACUACGACAAACUCAGCAGAUCGUUGCGCUACUACUAUGAAAAAGGCAUCAUGCAAAAGGUGGCAGGUGAAAGAUAUGUGUACAAGUUUGUCUGUGACCCUGAGGCCUUGUUCUCAAUGGCCUUCCCUGACAAUCAACGUCCAGUGCUGAAGACCGACCUGGAGCGACAAAUCAACGAGGAGGACACUGUGCCGCUGUCACACUUCGAUGAGAACAUGGCGUAUGUUCAAGAGGGCGCUUACUGCAACCCGCACCCAUACAGUGAGGGCUACGUCUACUGAUGACUGCUAAACAAAAACAGUGUGCUGCGGCCGUUAAAAAACGCUCUGAACUUUCAGACUUUUCCCUAAUUUCCUUCUCAGUCAUUCCCCAGGACAAAGAGUGCACUUUAUGGACAGAGGAUGGCAGUGUGUAAAGCUACAAACUUACUGGUGUAGUUACGUUAGAUGCUCCUUUUGGUGUUUUUUGUUGCUUUUGAAGGGGAUGGGGUCAGCAUGCCGUAUUCCCACAGCGAAAGACUCUUGAGGGGAAAUGGCCUCCCUCUGGACAGUUGUGGUUUAUUUAGUCAGUCUGGAGCACGUGGGUGGAUAAUUCCCAACCUCUUUGACCAUUGAAAUUCUUCUUGGAUUGUUUGUGGAGCGCUUCGUUAUUUUCACCCAUUUUCACCGCAUUUGUUUUCUCUCCCUUGGUGUCAUACUGAGUAACUAAGUAAAUAAUACAGUGUAUUACUAUGGAAAUAAAAUCCUUCAAACUCUACAUGUUGAUAUGAGCACAUAUAUGAACCUAUUCACUUUGUAUUUGGUCGGUGAAAAAUUCCUUAAAAGGGAUCAAAUGAAACUUCUGUCAUCAUUUACUAACUCUCAUGUUGUUCCAAACUCAUAUGACCAUUCACUUUUAUUUUCACUUGGGUACUGACUGGUGGCUAUAUACUAGCACAGUUACAACAAAUGACAGAUUUGUUAUUUGUGAAGGGUUAUUAUACACUAAUAUUAUACCCGUAUAUAUCUCAAUGAAUUAGCGCAAGAAAAAAAAAUCCAUGACAGCAUGAUUUCUUAAUACUACAUGGUGAUUCAAAUUAUACUCACAAUUUUCUUGAGACUUAUUUAAAUAAACAUCUUCAAUAAAUGUAUACUUAUGGAACUUGUAUGAAAGAUAUCUGACGCCAUAUUUCACUGAAUAUGACUUUUUGAAUAAAACCGCCUAUAGAUAUAAAUUUUUUUCGAGGUUUCGAAGCUUCACACAUGUCAAUGACAUCAUUCUAUUAAAGUUACAUUUGUACUAUUAGAUUGACAAAUUGCUUUUUACAUUAGAAAACAAAAAAGUGGAUGUUGGUCUAUUACCCGCUACCCCAUGCCAUCUUUGAACAUAUAAACAUGUAUAUUCAGGUUAAUGCACCUCAAUGCUGCUUUUUGUUUAAUUUUAGUCACGUUUGAUCAGAUGGCAGCUAUGGCCUGUAGUACGUUCAUUAUUAUUAUUUUUUUCUUCAUUUUUUACAUUGGAAAAAAAAAAAUCAGUGUUUAUUGAAUAUAAAAAAUGUAUACAUAAUUGCAAAGAGAAUGGCAAUAGCUACACUUCUGUAAUAAAAUAGUGAAUAGUUGAAAUACA